GAUAAAUGAAUGUAAGCUUAUACUUGUUUUCCAGAGUCUGCAUUUACUAAGCUAAUUUUCUUUUUCUUUUUUUUUUUUAAAAAGAGAGUCUUACCUUGUCGCCCUUGAUAGAGUGCCAUAGCGUCAUAGCUCGCAGCAACCUCCAACCCUGUGCUUAAGUGAUCCUCUUGCCUCAGUUUUUCUCUUGUGCAAGCUGGCAAUUCACCCGCCUCAGCCUCCCAGAGUACUAGGAUUACAGGUGUGAGCCACCGCGCCCAGCCAGCUAAUUUGCUUAAUUUUGUAUUUGAGCUUCUUACAGUAAUUUGGCUGAAAUUGUCCAAAUUUUGUUUUGUUAAUUACCUUGUUUUAUAAAAAUGUAUGUUUCUUUUUAAAAUUACAAAGAAUUGGAGCGAGAACCUGCCAAGAUGAACCCUCUAACUAAGGUGAAGCUGAUCAAUGAGCUGAAUGAGCGAGAGGUCCAGCUUGGAGUGGCGGAUAAGGUGUCCUGGCACUCUGAGUACAAGGACAGCGCCUGGAUCUUCUUGGGAGGGCUUCCUUAUGAACUGACUGAAGGGGACAUCAUCUGUGUGUUCUCACAAUACGGGGAGAUUGUUAACAUUAAUCUCGUGCGGGACAAGAAGACUGGGAAAUCCAAAGGAUUCUGUUUCCUCUGCUAUGAAGACCAGAGAAGCACAAUUCUGGCCGUUGACAAUUUUAAUGGAAUCAAGAUCAAAGGGCGAACUAUCCGAGUGGAUCAUGUGUCUGACUAUCGGGCUCCUAAGGAUUCAGAAGAAGUAGAUGAGGAGACCAGAAAGCUGCAGGAAAGUGGCUGUGGGGCUCAUACCCCCUCACCGAGUUUGUCUGAGGGCUCUGAAGAUGACAAACCCACAAAAAAGCACAAAGAAAAAAAGGAAAAAAAGAAAAGAAAGAAAGAAAAGGGGAAGACCAACCACGAAGUACAGGCAAAGCAGUCGUCCUCUUCUUCAUCAUCCAGAAGCAAAGCAGUAAAGGAAAAGGAUGACCCAGGCCCUAAGAAGCUCAGCAGCAAGAACUCUGAAAGAGUUCAGAAGCCAGAGUCCAGGGACGGAUGGAAGCACUGCUCAGGCUCCCCUGAGGUCAGGACCACCUGCCGUGCUGCAGCAAAGGACCCAGAGAAGGAGCUGAUGAAGGAGAGACCCAAGCAUGAACAUGAAUCCUCAAGCAGGAAGGAGGCAAGAGAAGAAAAGAACAGGGAUAAGGACAGAGGGGGAAGCUCAGACAUACAUUCUAGCCGGAACAGUGGGCGUUCUGAAGGAUGUAGUCACAGAAGCAGAAGUAAGAGCCGAGACAAAUCCCACAGGCAUAAAAGGGCCCGGCACUCCUGGGAGCAGGACUCCUCGAAUCCCAGUGACCAUAGGCAUUACUGAAGCUUUUUCACCUGCUCAGUAGAUGUGGCAAUGAAUUGUGUUUUUCUUUUUUUUUUUGUAAAGUGAGACUCUGUCUCACUUUAUGGCCCUCAGUAGAGUGCCAUGGCAUCACACAGCUCACAGCAACCUCCAACUCCUGAGCUUAAGCAAUUCUCUUGCCUCAGCCUCCCGAGUAGCUGGGACUACAGGCACCCACCACAACGCCCGGCUAUUUUUUGGUUGCAGUUUGGCCAGGGCCGGGUUUGAACCCGCCACCCUCGGUAUAUGGGGCCGGCGCCUUACUGACUGAGCCACAGGCGCCGCCCUGAAUUGUGUUUUUCAAAGACAGUCAAAUUCAGUUAUGCUAUUACUGUUGUGUUUUUUUUUUUUUUGUAUAUAAAACCUCUGGGGAUGAAUUAUUUGAAUCCUUUUGAAUCUUAAGAGUCAGUGAGAGGGCUGUGGUUUCAGCAGCCAUAUAACCUGGAUGUUUUAGCAUGUUUGUCCCUGAAAACGAAUGUACUUGGUACUUAGCAGAGUAUGUGUUCUAUUUUUGGUUCAUUUAUGGGAAUCUUAAACCUAUAGACCCCAAUUUAAGAUGUAAUUGUCAGAAAAGGGAAAAUACUAGAUGAUUCUAGAAUUCUAGUCCAUGUUAGAUGUUGAAGAAUCAGCAUCAUAGGACCUUUCCAGUUGGCAGAAUGAUACAGUGAGAAAUGUGGUGUACUAGGUUUGGACAACUUGAUGUGAGUGUGAAAACAUUCCUAAAAUCACCUUCCUCUGGGUGGUGCCUGUGGCUCAAAGGAGUAGGGCGCCAGGCCCAUAUGCCAGAGGUGGCGGGUUCAAACCCAGCCCUGGCCAAAAACUGCAAAAAAAAAAAAAAAAAAAAAUCACUAACUCCCUUGUUAAAACUAUUCUUUUCAAUUAAAAAAAAUUUUUUUUCAUUGAUAUGUCUCUUUCCAAAAUUUUCCUUGCAAUUCAUUCAUUUGUAUUGAAGUGAAAUUCACAUAAUGUAAAAUUAAUUUUUUUUUUUUUUGAGACAGAGUCUUUUUUUUUUUUUUUUUGUAGAGACAGAGUCUCACUUAUGGCCCUGGGUAGAGUGCCAUGGCAUCACACAGCUCACAGCAACCUCCAACUCCAAGACAGAGUCUUACUAUGUUGCCCUUGGUAGAGUGCCGUGGUGUUACAGCUCGCAGCAACCUCCAACUCUUGGGCUUAAGCGAUUCUCUUGCCUCAGCCUCCCCAGUAGCUGGGACUACAGGCGCCCACCACAACGCCUGGCUAUUUUUUUUUUUGUAGUUUUUGGCUGGGGCUGGUUUUGAACCCACCACCUCUGGUAUAUGAGGUAUGCUCCUUUGAGCCACAGGCGCUGCCCACCCAGCUAUUUUUUGUUGCAGUUGUCAUUGUUACUUAGCUGGCCCGGGCUGGGUUCAAACCCACCACCCUUGGUGCAUGUGGCUAAUGCCAUAACCACUGUGCUAUGGGUGCUAAGCCUAAAAUUAACCUUUUUAAAGGGAACAAUUUAGUGGAAUUCGGUACAUUCACAGUGUUGUGUAAUCAUCACCUAACCAAUAACUCCCCCUCCCACUGUAUACCCCACACUCCACCCCUGCUCUCAUCUCUGUCAUCACCAGUUUUAUGUUUGUGGAUUUGCCUAUUCUGGGUAUUUCAAAUAAGUGGAAUCAUACAAAAAUAAAUAAUUACAAAUAAUUAUACCUACUAGUUUAAAACAUUUAAAAUCUCAGCUAUAUUAUUUUAGUUAAAGCAUUCCCCCUUCACUCUCUGAACCUUAAACUUUUACUCUGUAAAAUAACAGCAA